AUGGCGAAGGACGACGACAAGAGCGUAGUUGAGGAAAUCCGCCAGCGAAUUGGGCCAAAACCGGACGAGACCAACAAUCCGCCGCCAAAGAAGCUCCCAAAGUCGAUACAGGAGACGCUGGACAACGAGGAGAAGCUCUGGGAGACACUAUAUGAGGGCCACGGCCGCGAAUCCACCGAAACAAACUGGCGCUACGCCGCCUACGCAACCCGGAUCCGGACCAUCCUCCUCUCCGCACACCGCUACGUCGCCUACACGUCCGACAUCGGGGAGUCCUUCCGGCCAGUCGCGCACCCCUACCUCGUCAAGGGCGCUUAUGGCAUCUCCUGGGCCUAUCUCGCCGGCGACGUCGCGCACGAGGGCUACAAAGCCUACCUGCGCAACCAGCGCGUGCUGCACCCCGACGCCACGAGCCCCGCGGAUGCGAUCUCGGGGUACGGGAGCGGGCAUGAUCCGGCUCAGAGGGAGAAGCUGGGGAAUGUCGGCGCGGUGGUCGGGAGUGAUAAGUUUGCGGCGCAGCAGCCGCAGAGUGUGAGUCUGGGGCCGGGGAAUACGGGGGCGAGUACGGGAUCGUUGAGCGCGGCGAGGGUGCCGGCGCUCGAGGACUAUAGGACCGUUAUGGUGCAGAGGGCCUUGUUCCAGGGGAUUGCGAGUAUGGGCCUGCCGGCGUUUACGAUCCAUAGCAUCGUAAGGUAUUCGGGCCGCGCGCUGAAGGAUGCGAAGAAUGUAAAAAUUAGGACGUGGGGGCCGAUCGGGCUGGGUCUCGCUGCCGUGCCCUUCCUCCCAUACGCUUUCGAUAAGCCGGUCGAGGAGGCCAUCGAGUGGACUUUCCAUAAGGCCUUUGAGACUUUCGGCGGCAAGAGCGCCGUCGGUGACAGGCCGGAGACCGGUAGGCAGGAGCUGCUCCAGCUUGAGAGCAAAGCUGCUGCGGCGAAAGAGAAGGAGCUGUAG